AUGUGCUCUAAUUGUUUGUUACCAAGACAUAGAGCACAUGAUAUUGAACAUGUUGAUAAUAUUAGACAAUCAAUAAAGAAUAAUAACAUUAGAAAAAGUAAAGGUAACAAUAGUAAUAGUAAUAAUAACAAAGAAGUUGUUGAUGGUGAGGACAAUAAUGAUGAGAUCAGAGUGGAUGAGAAGGAUGAGGAUAAGGAGGAUGAAACUCCACUUGAUGAAGAGAUCAUAGAGGAAGAUACUCCGCUCAAUGAUCCGAGGUUGGAAGCACUUUGGCAAGCAGCUAAAGAACACACAAGGAUAUACAAGACAUUGGAUGAUUCUUGUAAAGAGGUCACGAAGCACUUUAGCGAAUUACAUGAAUAUCUUGUUGUUCGGGAGCACAAGAUUAAUGCGUCUUUGCUUAAACAACAGAAGAAGACAGAAUCCUCUAUCUUGAGCAUCGUUGGAGAGACAAAGGUCAGAGGUGCAUAUCUAGACCUGAGGCAACAUGCUAUUGCUGUUGAACAAACUGAUGAUGGAUUGGAGAACGAGCAAAUGUUAGUUAGGAACAUAUCAACAUGCACAUCAACGAAGGAGUUCGUAGCGACCGUGCUAGUUGAGGACUCGGAAAACCAACAAGCCUUGGUAGACGAUGUUGAUGAUAAAGACAAGCUCACAGAUAUAGACUUGCUGUCUUGGGCAAAUCAGAAUGCACGUUUGAUGAAGAACAAGAUCAAUGAUUAUGUUGAACCUCACAGAGUCAAGAUUGGAGAUACUGCUGGCAUCAAGAAGAGGAUGGAUACAUUGGUCAGACUUACAACUGCCGCUCAAGAUAGAUUGAAUGGUGCCAAGUACAUCUUUGCAUCGAAUGGACCAUAUUUCUCAUUGUACGACAUUGCACACAACAGAUGGACUACAAAGUGUAUUGGAGUCAACAACAUUAUACCAUUUGAUGGCCAAACCAAUGCACCAUUCAUAUAUGUUAAUUCAAACAUCAUUUGGUUCACCGACACAGACUGUCACAUGUACUCGGUGGUGAAUCAGACAUACAAUCAGAGACGUAUCCAAUGUACUGGCGUUGUUGCAGCAUGUUUCGAUGGAGUCGAGUGUAUAUACUUCUGUACAGGACAACUUGCCAUCCCCGUGUUGGUGUUCCACAAAAACAAGAUCUUUUUCUUUGGUUCCUUUGGUCUAACUCUCUACGCAUACGAUGUACCUACAGCUAAAUGUACAUAUUGCAUCAACAACACAACGAGCAAUAUGUACAUAGGCUUGCGAUCAGCUUGUUUCGAUGGAUUCGAAUAUUUCUACAUACUAUUCGAACAGUGCUUCAUCAAAUAUUCCCUCAUAACAUUGGCUACAUCCUUCUUAACGUUGCCUCCAGUGAAAUUGGUCGACAAGUAUCAAUCAUUCUAUGACAAAAACACUGGAACCAUUAUUAUUCUAAUUGGUACAGAUAAGAACUUAAAGUACUCAAUACAGAAUGAUCAAUGGACACAGAUCAAGGGUGAUGGUGAUCAAGUACUAAACAGGAAAGGUUAUGGUGCGUGUAUUGUACCAGGCAAUAUCUUAGAAUGA